GGUACAAAAUGGAGAAUGGGGUGCCAGCUUGCAGGAAGCAGGUGGCCCAUUCAGCUUUGGGUGCUUGGUAUCUUCUGCAUGGCUUUAGCGUCCCCAGCAUAUUAUGGAGGAUCACACUUUUUCCUAUUUGUGGUCACAGUCAGUUUUAUUGGUACGAUAAUAUGGAUAUUCGUUUAUCUUCUGGGUAUAAGAGAGGCACUUACUUUUCCAAUUAACUGGAUACUCACGGAACUAGUAAAUACGGGUAUUUGCACAGUUUGUUACUUCAUCGCUUUCAUUCUACAACUGAUUGUUUCGUCGUCACUACAUCCAGGGCAUCCUAGGAGGGGAGCGCAAAUAACAGCAGGGGUGUUUGGUAUCCUCAACACCCUUGUGUAUGCCUUCGCCACUUAUCUUUUACACGUUGAGUGGAAAGGCAGCCGAACGAACCAGUAGAGGCGCUAUGAUUUAUUAAGAAUUACGUUUCAUCUACAUUAGAACUGUUUUAAUUCAUAAUAUUGAACAAAAUGGAAGCCGAGUAACGUAGGGUAUUCUGAACUAGGUUUUGGAAAUAUUCAUAUUUCUAUACGUAUUUUGCGAAUUUAAGCUAAAAUCAAGUUCGUUCGCUAAUGUAAGUAUUGAUUUCUAAACAUUCGCAUUCUUCUCAUUUGAAAUAGAUAAUCUAAAACUACAAAUUGGAGGAUUGCCAGUUUUUUUACAUCCAGCACAACCGCUGUAGCUUACACUCGCAUAUAUUGCAAAUUAUAUAAUCUGUGUAAACCAUUUUCACAGGCUCAGCUGGAUGCAAUGGAAGUAGCUACUAAAAUACUGUUCAGUUAAGCUAUCUGCUCAGUUUUCCCCACUGUACUUUAGUAUAUUUUGAAAACACCAAGAUAAAGUUAUUUAGAUACGACUUAAAACUUAAGAAAUUUAAGACUUGAAAAUUUGCAAAUAUAAUACAUGUUAUCAUCUGAAAAUGUAAUGCUCUAGUUUAUAAAAGAUGAGUACCUAACACUCACUGAGCGCAUUUAGGGCGACUAGUUAUGUAAGUGAAAUAAACUAAAGGCUGGAAACAUCUAAGCAUGUAUACUUUAAAUUUAUUUAUUUGUCGCGACACUAUAUGCAUGAUGGUUUGAUAAUCUCUAUUAUGUUACUGUUCUGAAUCUCGCAAUUUUCUAAGAAUUUUAUACCUGCACUAUAAUAUUUUAAGUAUUUUAAAAUUAAUAAGUUUAGACAGUCAACCAUAUAUGUUAAGUGAAUUAAUUUGUUGAUGCCGACGAUAUAAUGUAUUCCUUCACAAUUAUCUGCAAUAUAAUUCGCAUUUAUAUCCACAAUUUCAAAAAAGUUGUUCAAAGUGUAUUAGCAUUAUAGAAAUUUUAAUCGGCACUAACAUAAUAAUAUUAAAAAUAUGUUUGUUUUUUGUUAUAAAUACUAUAGUUCUCAAUAUUAUCCCAGCUAUUAUGGACACGUUUAAUAUUAAUUUACAUUGUUAACAUUUUUGCUGAGAUGUAUAUAAUUUAACGUUACAGAGUGGUUAUUAUCUAAUACCUGUAAAGGUAUUUCUGAAUUGUUAUUAUAAAUUGUCUAUUAAUAUAUUUUUAUUUUUAAAGUU